AUGAAUCUUAUCAAUUUGGCUCCAUUUUUUUGCACUUUUUAUUUAGUAAGUGCUCGUCUUUCCGGAAUUUAUUAUGAUAAUGGAAAAGAUCAAACGAUUAUACAAAGAUUUUUAACUCGUCAAGAAAAAAGAGAAGUUGAACAUGAAAUGUUAAAUUUGUUGGGUUUACCUUCUCGCCCUCGACCCCGUCAAAGUUUGCCCGUACAUUUGGGUAGUUCUGCUCCAAAAUUUUUAUUGGAUGUUUAUAUGAGCUUAUUGGAUAAUCCAAAUGUGAGAACUGCUAGAAGUGAAUUCAGUUUAAGUGGUAAAGAUCAACAAGCCAUCGAUGAAAGUGAUGUUAUCAUGAGUUUUCUUCCUCAGGAUAAAGUAGAUGGGUUAAGACAUGAAAGAGGUAAAAGACUAUGGUUUGAUGUUGCUGAAGUUUCAGUUGAAGACAGUAUUGUCGGAAGUGAAUUAAGAUUGUACCAAAGUUUAAAUUUCACUCACAAAACAAAUCAUUCAUCAUUUACAGUUACAAUUUAUCAAGUCGUCACAGAUAAAAGAGGAGAAAAUGAGCUUGAAUAUGUUGAUUCAAUUAAUACGACACUUUCCAGUGAAACUUGGUUAACAUUUAAUAUGACAAAACCCUUAAGCAGAUGGGUUGCUAUACCAAAUACAAAUUUAGGUCUAUACAUAUCUGUUACAUCACAUCAAAAUCCAAAUUGUGAAAUAAAGCCUGAAGAAAUAGGUUUGGUAUCCUCUAAAACAGAUGAAGAACACCAACCGUUUUUAGUUGCCUUUUUUAAAUCCAGGAAUCCAUUAUUACAUUCUCCAUCCCACUGGACAUCUAGAAGUUGUCAGAUACAAAACCUUUAUGUUAGUUUUAAAGAUUUAAAAUGGCAUGAUUGGAUUAUUGCUCCCGAUGGAUACCAAGCAUUUUACUGUAGUGGAGAAUGUAAUUUUCCAUUAAAUGCUCAUAUGAAUGCAACAAAUCAUGCCAUAGUUCAAACAUUAGUUCAUUUAAUGAAUCCAGUUAAUGUUCCAAAGCCAUGUUGUGCACCUACCAAACUAACAGCCAUAUCAGUUUUGUUUUUUGUCGAGGAAUCUAAUGUCACUUUAAAAAAAUAUAAAAAUAUGGUAGUAAAAAGUUGUGGCUGUCAUUGA